AAAGUCUUAGAUCUUUGAGUUCAGCUCAUGAUGAGUGGGGGCAAACAACUAAAGUGUUGCACUAUAGAGUGCUUUCGUGCACAUUUGCAAUUAAUGAAUACAUCUCAAAUGAGUCUGGAAUAAAUGUACAUCAGUGUUUGUUUUGAUCACUUGAAAAAAAAAAAACGUGUUCACUCCAAGGCACAAAUGUUAAAUUGUCGUGUACCGUCGUGCGUAAAAUGGUUCGCUCCACUUGCAGCCUGCUGUUUCUAAGCUCCUGCAAAGCUCUUUAAGCCCCUCAGUUUUAAAUCUGACUCACAGCAAAGAUGAGCCACGGAGACCGUUACACCUCGUCAUCCUACCGGAAGAUUUUCGGGGAUUCCCCCAGGUUUUCCAUUUCCUCCUCUCGCAUGAGCAGCGCCUCUCCUCGGGCCCCCCCGGGGCUCAGGUCCAUGGCUGCGUCCCACAACAGCGCAUCCUCCCUGAACAUGUACAGACGGGUCGGCAGCCGGUCCUCCACCUCUUUCUCUCCGGUGCGCGCAGACUCCCUCGACCUGAUCCAGACCUCCGUGGUCAACAAUGAAUUGAAAGUAAUUAGAACGAACGAGAAGGAGCAGCUGCAGGGUCUGAAUGACCGCUUUGCCAUGUUCAUUGAUAAAGUCCGGCACCUGGAGCAGCAGAAUAAAGUGUUGGAGAUGGAGCUGGCGACACUGCGGCAGAAGCAGACCGAGCCGUCCCGCAUCGCUCAUCUCUACCAGCAGGAGAUGAAGGACCUGCGGUCACAGGUGGAGGAGCUGAGCAGGGACAAGAACCACAUCCUGAUCGAGAGGAACAACAUGGAGGAGGAGCUGCAGAAGCUCAAUGUGAAGUAUGAUGAGGAGGUGAGGGCACGGGAAGAAGCUGAACAGACCUUGAGGUCCUUCAGAAAGGACGUCGAUGACGCCACAGCAGUUCGCCUGGACCUGGAGCGCCGCGUGGAGUUGCUGAUGGACGAAAUCUCCUUCCUGAGGAAAGUGCACGAUGAAGAAAUCCAGGAGCUGAGCAGCAUGUUGGAGGCGCAGCAGGUCUCCGUGGAGCUCGAGCUCGCCAAACCGGACCUCACCUCAGCUCUGAAGGAGAUCCGCAACCAGUACGAGUCCAUCGCCUCCAAAAACCUGCAGUCGGCUGAUGAGUGGUACAAGAGCAAGUUUGCCAGCCUCAGCGAGCAGGCCACCAGGAGCAACGAGGCCAUGAGGGCCAGCAGGGAGGAGAUCAAUGAGUUCAGGAGGCAGCUGCAGUCCAAGACCAUUGAGAUAGAGACCCUGAGGGGCACCAAUGAGUCUCUGGAGAGGCAGAUCACAGAGAUGGAGGAUGCACACAACACUGAAGUCACAGCUAUGCAGGACACUAUUGGCCACCUGGAUACUGAGCUGAGGAAUAUGAAGAGUGAGAUGGCCCAGCACCUGAGAGAGUAUCAGGACCUGCUCAAUGUCAAGAUGGCCCUGGACAUUGAGAUAGCUGCCUACAGGAAACUGCUGGAGGGGGAGGAGACUCACUUUAACUCGGGGAUGUCGUUUGGUGCAACCAGCUACAGCUUCCAGGCCCGAGCCUCAGCCGGCUCUUCCAAGAGCAGCCAGAGGGAGAAAGAAGGGGCCAAGAAGGAAAGCUUCAAGGAGAGCAGUGAGGAUAAAGAUGAGGCAGACAUUAACUCCAACAACUGAAGAGGGACAGGGAAAUCUGGAAAGUGAGAAAAGAGAAACACUGUGUAUGUAUAGUGAGUUCAUAGUCACAUACUGUAUUUAUUAGGGGAAACACUAAUGCAAAUGUUUUAGAAUUAGAACUGAAAGUCAAUAUUUUGGAAGGUUGAAAGAUUAUUCAAAGAAAUACAAAAUUAGACGUUUUUCCCGGGGCUCAGUAUUUAGAUUAUCUCUGGACUCUAAAAUGAUCAAAUUGUCUUGAAAUAAAACGUCAGUAUUACAAAGUCACA